UAUUACAGCCACCUCGAUUACGUGCCCCGUGUUUUCUUCUACCUCACCUCUUCCCUUCCCUCAACUGCUUCAUCUUCCUCUUUCUCAAAUUAAUGCCUUUCCUCUUCCUCGUUUUCCUUAGCAGGCUCCAUCCCCUGCCACGUCCUUUUGUCCAAACCCGAAAACCCUAGGCUUAUUUACGUAUACUUUUCAAUCUUCUUCUACUCAAGCUUCUCAAGUCCAAAGCAAUAAGAACUCAGUGGUGACGCGAAUCCUUCCUACCUUGCUCGCUAAGUUCUCCUUGAGACAAGACCCGUAACAAGUUGAUACAUAGCCGUGAGCUUCUUCUGUCGCUGUCGCUUUAGAUUUCUUUGCGAGUGGUCUCUUGUAUGAAACUGAAGUUGGGAAGCAGUGGAUUUGAUCCUGUGUUUUGCCCGAGCUUAAACCAGUGUCAGUGGCCACUCCAUUUCUAACCAAAAGUGCGUUUGUCACAAAGGGGACAAAAGAACUUGUCAAGCAGAAAGUAAUUGCUAAAAUGGGAGCAGGUGCUGAAAAAUUUACUUUUGUUACCAGCAUAGAAGAAGAGAUUGAAGCUGACUAGGAGUGAGAAAGAUUUCAGAUAAUGAUGAAUGCUAAUUUGGCAAGAGAUUCAUAUGUAGAACCCACGGGACAUAACAGUUCAAAAUCAGUUUCAACAGAGGCCCAACUGGAUAUCAAAAGCUGAUUCAUUUAGAAAUGAGGAGAGAACAAGACUUGAAUCAGGAGAUACAGGCUGUUGGUGAAUCUCAGCAAAAGAUAAAGAAGAAGAAAAAGAAGAGACAGACUAAUGCCUUAGGAAAUAAAGAUGUAAAUCCUGGUGAUGAAGAAGAUAUUUCUUCCGGUAAGAAAAUAUCCAUUUUAAAAGAGGCUGUGUUUGACCUAAAGACUGAUUCAGAGAAGAUUCACUUUGUCUCGAAGUUAGUAUGUCCAUCACAAGAGAGGAAAAGAAAGAAGCAGAAGAAGAGGAAGGGUAAUGCCUUGGGAAAAAAAAAUGUGAAUCCUGGUGGUCAAGAAGAUAGUUCAUCAAGUAACAAGAUGGAGGUCCUGGAAGAUAAAGAUGUGGAUCCUGGUGGUGAGGAAGAUAUUUCUUCGAAUAAGAAACCCUUUAUAAUAGAGGAUGGGAUCAAUAUGUGCCCCGAGGCUGAUUCGGAAAAGUUUCAUUUGGACUCAAAAUUAAUCUGUCCAUUGGCAGAGAGAAGGAGAAAGAAGUGCAAGAAGAGGCAAGGGAGUGCUGUGGGAAAUAAUGAUGUGAAUCAUAGUGGUCAAGAAGAUAUUUCUUCAAUUAAGACCACUUCCCUUGGUGCGGACCUGAAGAUGGUGUCAGAAAAGGCUCAUGUUGAGUCAGAAUUAAUCCCUCCACCAGAAAAGAGGAAAAGAAAGAAAAAGAAGAAGAGGCAAGGGAAUAGCUCUGGGAAUAGUUACAUAUAUCAUGGCACUCAAAAAAAAUGUUUCUUCAACUAA